AUGGAAGUUUGUAAUAUGAUAGGAUGGAAUGUGAGGGGUAUGAAUAAAAGAGAUAAGCAAAAUGCUAUUCUUAGAAUAUGCAAGGAAAAUAAGGUUGGUUUUGGUGCUUUAUUUGAGACUAAGGUGAAACAUGAGAAGCUUAAUGAAGUUUUUGAAAAUAAUUUUCACAAUUGGGAUUACUUUUCAAGUCCUAUUACAUCUGGUAGAAUCUUGGUUUUUUGGCAAGCUAAGUUUGUGAAGGUUGACAUCUUGCUAGAAGAUCCUCAACUUGUGCAUUGUAGGAUUAGAGUGAGUGGCCAGCAUAAAUUGUUUUUCGCUACAGUGGUUUAUGGUAGUAACUCUAUGGGGGAGAGGAAAAAACUUUGGGAUAAGUUAGCUAGUAUUGGUCAGCUGAAGUUUCCUUGGAUUAUAUUUGGAGACUUUAAUGCCAUGUUUAGCUACCAAGAUAGGAAUGGUGGGAGACAAAUCCUUGCAAAGGAUAUUGCUGAUGCUCAAUAUUGGUUGGCUUUAGGCCAAGUAGAGGAACUUAAAUGUGCUGGUGCUCUCUAUACGUGGUCGAACAAACAUGAAGCAGGAGACCAAAUUUUCUCAAAAUUAGAUAGAGUUUUUAUUAAUGAUUUGUGGCUGGAUGCUUUCCCUAAAACUGAAGCAUGCUUCAAAUGGGACUGUAUAUCUGAUCAUAGUUUCUAUGUGAUUAGAAGUCAAGAAGUUAACAAGGUGGGAUUCAUUCCUUUUCGUUAUGGUAACAAUUGGUUGCAGUAUAGAGGUUACAGAGAAGCUGUUCUUCACUGUUGGAAUGCUUCUGUUGGAUCCGGUAGAGGUCUUAGCAAGGUGGUUCAGAAACUGUUUAGAGUGAAACAUGUUUUGAAAAGGUUCAACAGGGAAGAGGUUGGAGAUGUUGUUUUGAAUUAUAGGGAGGCUAAGGAGGAGUUCUGUAAGGUUCAGGAGGCCUUGGCAGCUAAUCCAUCUGAUUUUUCUCUUCAUCAAACAGUUAAACAAGCUCAACAAAAUGUUACACUUAUGCAGAGUCGAUAUGCCAGUUAUCUCAAACAACAGAGUAAAUUAAAUUGGGUCAAAUUCAGUGAUGAAAAUUCGAGGUUCUUUCAUGCUAUAAUGAGGAAGAGAAGAGUUGAAAAUAAAAUUACGACUUUCACUCUUGGAGACAAAAUAGAAGAUGAUUAUUCUAAAGUUGUUGAGCACUUUCUCUCUCAUUUUAAGAAUUUUAUGGGGAGGAGAAGUUUGGCUUCUAAGGAGAUUGAUAAAAACUGUUUGUACCAGGGAAACAGAUUGUCUUUGGAACAUCAAGUCAGGUUAUUGAGACCGUUUAGCAAGAGUGAUGUGAAGAAGGCUCUUUUUAGCAUUCACUCCUUUAAAAGUCCUAGUUUGGAUGGCUUUGGCUCGGGUUUCUUCAAGGGAUUAUGGUCAGAUAUUGGUGAUGAAAUUUCUAAUGCUGUGUUGGAAUUCUUUCAGGAUGGGUUCUUGCCGAAGGAUCUGAAUGAAACGGUGAUUUCUCUCAUUCCUAAGAUUGCAGAUCUGAACUCAGCUAGUGACUAUAGGCCAAUUGCGUGUUGUAAUACUCUCUACAAGUGUAUAUCGAAGAUGAUUUGUACUAGACUUUCGGAAGUGCUUCCCUUCCUUGUUCAUAGCAAUCAAGGGGCUUUCAUAAAAAACAGAGUUCUUGCUCAUAAUAUAAUGAUUUUCCAGGAUCUCCUCAAAGGGUACACUAGAAAGAAUAUUUCAGCAAGAUGUAUAAUGAAGAUAGAUCUGACCAAGGCUUAUGACACAGUUGACUGGCAUUUUGUGGAGGAGUUGCUUAAGCAUCUUUGCUUCCCCUCAAGAUUUAUCGACUGGAUUCUAGCUUGCUUGAAAGACGAUUUGAUUAUCUUUUGUAAAGGUAAUGUCAGUUCAGUGAGUAAGAUUCAAGAAGCUUUCACUUCAUUUUGUGGUUCUACAGGGCUCUCUGCGAACAAAUCUAAAUCUCAUAUCUUCUUUGGAGGGGUUAAGGAUACCAUUAAAGUUCAGAUUCUUGAGUUGAUGCAUAUGGAAGAAGGUUCCUUUCCUUUGAAGUACUUGGGGGUUCAUCUUCGACCUACUAAGUGGAAAGCUUCAGAAUGUGGGGUGAUCCUGGAUAAGCUAAACAAGAAACUUAAUUGUUGGGCGAGUAGAAAUCUUUCGUUUGCUGGUCGUGCCCAACUUAUACACUCAGUUUUGCUUGGUAUUAGAAACUUUUGGAUGAGUAUAUUCAUACUUCCGGCCAAAAUCACUGCAGCCAUUGAUAAAAGCUGUCGGGACUUUCUUUGGGGAACUAAUGGGAAUAGAAGUAAGCUUCAACUCCCUUCUUGGGAAAAGGUUUGUCUCCCUAAAAAGCUGGGUGGUAUUGGUUUUCGAGAAGGUAAGAAAUGGAACAUGGCUUUAAUGGCGAACUUUAUUUGGGCGACAACAACCAAACAAGACUGCCUUUGCGUAAAAUGGAUUAGUUCCAUCUAUCUGAAAGAGCAUAUCAUUUGGACUGUUCCUAUUAAACAGGAAAUGAGCUGGUAUUUUAAGAAAUUGUUGAGGCUGAGACAAGUUAUUGAUGAGGGUUCCUUGAGGCAAGCUGUUAAGGGAGGUAAAUUUCGAAUUAAACACUUUUAUACCACUCUUAUUUCUGCUCAAACUGUUGGGUUUGCUGAUACUGUGUGGAACAAACUUAUAGUGCCCAAACAUAGAUUCAUAUACUGGCAGAUUUUCAACAAUCAGUUGCUUACUAGAGAUAAUUUGAGCCGUUUCUUGCAUCUCUCCUCUAAUCUCUGCCCUGUUUGUGAUUCUGGAAUAGAAUCUCACAGCCAUUUGUUCAUGGAGUGCAUUUAUUCCAGGAAAGUGUUUGAGGAAAUUGGAAGUUGGCUGGGUUGUUUCCAUUGGCCUAAAUCGUAUGAGGAGCUUAAUCUUUGGUGCUUGGAAGCUAAGCGAGAUCUGAAGAACCAGAUUGUAAAUGCAGUGUUAUCUGCUUCCUGGUACAUUAUUUGGAGCAAUAGGAACAGCUGCAUUUUUGACUCAGUUUGUAAAUUGGCCAGUAGCAUUAGUUUAGACAUCAAGGAAUCAGUCAAGUAUAGAGUUUUGGGCUUGGGUUCUCUUUCUCAUAGAAAAAGGGACAUGUAUUUUCGUAAGGUUGUAGAGGGCUGGUAG